AUGAGUCUAAAGGGGCUUCAGAAGGGCUUCGCCAGAGCUCCGCAGACUUUCAAACAGAAAUUCAACCUAGGAGAGAAUACAAAGGAUCCGGUCUAUCUCGAUGCGGAAAGACGAUUCCAGGAGCUCGAGAAGGAAACGAAGAAACUGCAUGAUGAAUCCAAAAAAUAUUUUGAUGCCAUCAACGGCAUGCUGAACCACCAGAUUGAGUUCUCAAAGGCAGUUGCAGAGCUAUACAAACCUAUAUCUGGCCGAGUAUCGGACCCUGACGCCGCAAAACCAGAAGGGAAUCCAGAGGGCAUCCAGGCAUGCGAGGAAUACGAAUCGAUUGUCAGAGACUUGCAGGAAACUCUGCAGCCGGAACUGGAGCUGAUUGAGUCCCGUAUCAUCAGUCCGGCAGACCAGCUAUUGGAGAUUAUCAAGGUGAUCCAGAAAGUCGCCGUCAAGCGUGAACACAAGCAGCUGGAUUACGACCGACAUCGCGCGUCACUGAAGAAACUACAAGAUAAGAAAGAAAAAUCGCUGAAGGAUGAAAAGGCGAUGUAUAAAGCAGAGAAUGAUGUGGAGGCGGCAACGCAAGAAUUUAAUUACUACAACGACCUGCUGAAGGAUGAGCUGCCGAAACUCUUCAAGCUUGAAGCUGAAUUUAUUCAGCCGCUUUUCCAGUCCUUUUAUUAUAUGCAACUAAAUGUGUUUUAUACGCUCCAUGAUAAAAUGCAGGGGUUGAAUAUCGGAUAUUUUGAUUUAACGUCGGACGUCGAAGAGGCAUACGAGAGGAAACGCGGAGACGUCAAAGAGCGGACGGAGGAGCUGAGCAUCGUCCACUUCAAAACAACCGCCGGCCGUCGUCCAGGCUCCAAGUUAACGCCAAAGGAUAAACUUGCCGCUGAAUCAAAAUACCCCUCUCGACGCACGACUGAUGCCUCAUCCGAACAUGCGCCCCCUCCCCCUUAUUCCGCCCACAGCGCUUCAACCCUUAUAGGCCGCGCUAAUAGCACGAGUCCUGCCGCUCUCGCCGCAGCUGCCAAAUCAAAACCAGCUCCACCGCCGCCGAAGCCGAAGCCAGCGAAGUUCAGCUCCGCCCCACUAAUCGAGACUGCAACUGCGCUUUAUGAUUAUGAGGCCCAAGCUGCCGGUGACCUGAGCUUUACUACGGGUGAUGUAAUCGAAAUCACGCAGCGGACGACCAAUACCAAUGAGUGGUGGUCUGGGAAGGUAGACGGGAAAUCUGGCCAGUUUCCAGCCAAUUAUGUCAAACUAAAUGCUUGA